AGGAAGUGGCAGUUUAGGAGAGGACUAGCAGCGAAUAUGUGACUGCUGUGUGGGAAGGUUUAGGAAAAGGUCUAGACCAAGGUUUGGAAGAAUACGAUAUGUGUGUGUGUAUGUGUGUGUGAAAGCGUUUGUGUGUGUACGGGGGGAAAGGGCGGGUGUUUCCUGAAAAGAGCGCUUCGCUAACGCAGAUUCGUCAGGACUCGGCUUUCCGCAUCGUAGCCCCGCUCUGCUUUCUCUUUCACCAGACGCCACGCCCACAGAAGUUCCAGGAUGCGGUGAGGGAGGGCCCAGGACGGGCACCCCGGGGCCUCAGAAGGAGGGAAGGCCCUUAUCCCAGGAGCACAGCACCCCUUGGCAGAGAGGAGCCUCGUGUAUCCCGUGAUGGGAAUAAUCUGUCACCCAACAGAAGUCUCCAGAUGAAAUUCCACGCAGCUCCGAGACACCAGUCCUGAUUGUCAGGGGGAGAACAGCUAUCUGAGAGACAAUUUCAGGACCUGUGAAGGCCAGUGACACCCAACUCAUCACACGGAGGAUCAGCUGAGAUGUAUUUCUAUCACUGAGGAAAAUUCUGGCUGCUUCAUUUGGCCUCUAGAUCCAAUUUUGGAGCUUUCCAAAAAAAGUCAUGGCUUCAGGCACACCCUCCAAGAAGAUGAGGGAGGAGGCCACUUGCUCCAUCUGCUUGAACUUGAUGGAUGAGCCCGUGAGCAUCACCUGUGGUCACAGCUACUGCCACUUGUGCAUUAUGGGCUUCAUUAAGAUCAUGAGCCAUACAGAGCCAGAGGAGUUCACCUGUCCCCAGUGUCGGGUCCCAUUUCAAAUGGAGAGCCUCCGGCCCAACAAGCAGUUGGGAAGCCUCAUUGAAGUCAUCAAGGAGCUGGACCAUGAAAUGACAUGUGAGAUACAUGGAGAGCAACUCCAGCUGUUCUGUGAAGAUGAGGGCCAGCUCAUCUGCUGGCGCUGUGAGCGCACACUGCAACACAAAGGGCACACCACAGCUCUUGUCGAAGAUGUAUGUCAGGGCUACAAGGAAAAACUCCAGAAUGUUAUGACAAAAUUGAGGCAACUUGAAGAGGAAUGUGUGAAUCUGAUGGUGUUCACAACAAAGCAAAUAACUGAAUGGAAGAAGAAUAUAGAGACUCGGAGAGAAAAAAUCCAGUCUGACUUUCAGAAUCUCCAGCGCUUCCUGUAUGAGGAGGAGAAGUCUUGUAUGUGGAAGCUGGAAAAAGAAGAAGAACAGAUUCUGAAGAGACUAAGGGCCAGUGAGGCCAGCCUGGAACAGCAGAGCUGUGCAUUAAGGAACCACAUCCUGAAGCUGGAGGAGAAAUGUCAGGGCUCAGCCCAGGAGUUGCUACAGGAUGUGAAAGACACUUUGAGCAAGAGUUGGGCUGUGAAGCUGGAGACACCAGAGGCCCUGUCCUUGGAGCCUCAUACUGAGUGCAAUGUUCCUGAACUUUACUGUGAUGUGAAGAAAAUGCUAAGGAGCUAUCAAGUCGGUGUGACUCUGGACCCAGAUACAGCUUACCAUGAACUACUUCUUUCUGAGGAUAGGAGACAAGUAACCCAUGGGUCCCCCCAGGACAAUCUUGAUGCUUCUUCUAGGAGAUUCAGUGCCUUCCCCUGUGUCCUGGGCUAUGAGGGCUUCACCUCAGGAAGACAUUAUUUUGAAGUGGAUGUGGGGGAAGGAACUGCAUGGGAAGUAGGGGUUUGUUUGGAAAAUGUGCAGCGAGGCAUGGACAUGAAGCAGAAGCCUGAGUUUGGGUUCUGGGCUAUUAGGCUGUGCAGAAAGAAAGGCUAUGUAGCGCUUACUUCUUCCCCAAUUUACCUUCAUCUGACAGAGCAUCCUCUGCUUAUGGGAAUUUUUCUAGACUAUGAGGCUGGAGUUGUAUCCUUUUACAACAUGACAACUGCCUCCCACAUCUUCACUUUCCCCAAGGCCUCCUUCUCUGACACUCUUCGGCCCUAUUUUCAGGUUUUUCAGUAUUCUCCUUUGUUCCUGCCUCCUCCAGAUGAGUAAAGAAAGGAGCACAGUUUCCCUCUUGAUUUAACCAGCAGAGAGAUUAUGAUGUAAAUCCUGUCAGGGCAGAAAUGUGGCCUGUUCUUCACUGCUAUUUCCCCAGCACCUAGAACAAUUCCAUGCUUACAGUGGACACUUAAUUAAACAUGCAAAGAAUGAAUGGGUAUUAGCUCUGUAAAAAGCCCUUACUAAAUGUGCAUUGAAUGAAUAGUAUAAAGACUGUAAAGCCUGAACUGGGAAAAAGCGAGAUAGCAGUGGUGAUCAUCUGUCAUUUUCUCUGUCCCUUUUCAAUGGGUUCAGGGCUGCAAUUUCCAAGAUUUCUUGAGUGAUGUGCAAGAAAAGCCAAUGACUACCCCAGAAGUUAGGAGGCAUCUUCCAGUCCAUUUUGAAUUCAAGUGGGAGAGAUGAAGGAAAGCUGAAUUGUCUCUGCCAACCUCAUAAAAGAGGAGGAAAAUCAAAAUAGCAGAGUCUUUUCCAACCAAGAUGUGCUGAUUAAUAAUCUAGAUGAUGUAUUAAAUCCAGAUGGCUUCCAGACCUAGUAGGCUCUGCCUAGACAAUAUCCAGGUAAAGUUUAAGAGAAGGGUUAAAAGUGGCUGUAUUAGUCAGUAUUCUCUAGGGAAACAGAACUAAUAGGAGAUAUCUGUAAAUAUGAGACUUUAUAAAAGUGUUUCAUGCAACUGUGGGGAUGCAUGAGUCCAAAUUCUUUAGGGCAGACUGGAAACUCCAGUGAAGGUUUUCAAUGAAUUCCCCAGGAGAGGCUGGCUGGUUGAAGCAGACAGAAAUUCUCUCUUCUGACUGUGGAAUUUAUCACGUCUCCCUGUAAAGACUUCAACUGAUUGGAUCAAAUGUCUCUCAUUGCGGAAGACAUUCCCCUUAGUUGAUUAUAGAGGUACUCAGCCAUAGAUGCAAUCAACUCAAUGAUGAUUCAAGUCCAUGAAAUGUUCUCACAAUAAGUUAGGCCAGUGCUUGCUUAACCAGACAACUGGGCACCAUCAUCUGGCCAAGUUGACACAUGAACCCAACCAUCCCAGUGGCUUCAAAUGGGAAAGAGAAUAAGAGUAAAAGCAAAUUCUGAAGGGUGACUCAGUUCUGGAAAAUAAUUUGAUAUAUUUCAGACUGUACUAGAGUCAGUUGUCUUGAAAUAUUUUUCAUCUCAAUAAAUACUUAUUUGCUGGAA